GCUCACGGUGUGCAGAUAAACAUUUGUCAAUAACAACGUCCUCUCUUUGCAGCUUGCCUUAAGAAACAUUUGUGUUGACCGUGUUCUCAGUUCACUUUUUUUAUGCUAAGCUAUUGCACAAACACAUUUGAAGUUCUUGCCUCGAUCUUUCGCUGCUAGUAUCAAGCCUCUGUUGUUCUGAGUGCCACAAUUUUGUGGCUCGCGCUGUGAUCCCUCACAGAAUGGAUGGCAGGGCACAGUUAUUUAUAGCUUUUAACUAAUUCUGGCCUUAAUCGCAACAGGUGUUGUAGCCGUGUGGCCUGUUCAGCAGCCGGGACUGAUGCGCAUGCCCCUAUGCUUCUCGUUACUGCUAUAGGGAAACAGCCACACUGAGCAAUGAUUAUGGCUGAAUGAUGGAGUGGGGCUGCACUUGAAAACGAGUAUUGAUCCUAAUCUGAGGGACUAUGAUGGAAAAUCGGAUCUUCAUGUGGGGAUCACCAGUACUGCAGGUAUGGUGUACAACUACAGAGAAAGUGGAGUGUGCCAGGAUACAAGUGGCUGGGAGCAGGCAGUCAGUGUGGCCCUGGUGCAGCCUGAUAUGUACAGUCUAAUUGACCAGUGGGACCACUACCUGGAGCACUUCUCACAGGCAGACACGUGGGACCCAAAAAGGUACAAUGAGAAUGAUCACAACUGUUACACUUUUGCGCUGACAUUUAUAAACUGUGUGCUGAUCACUCAGGGCAGUCGGCAAUUGAGUAAGAAUGAAUUCACCGAGAGAUUUGUGCUGCCCAGAACAAAGCGAGCCUCUAAAUACAUCACACUAUACCAGGAAAUCUCUGAAAAUCACUUUUACAUUGUUGACACAGCACAAGACCAUACGGAGAAUGACAAUGUGUAACUUGGAUUUGUCAUGUGCCUGUUGUGCAUUUAUGUAAGAGUGAGCCGCUUUGCUUUCAUUGUAUUGAUUAUGGAUGAAAUUUGGCGUGUGUAUAAGUUGACUUCAACCAGAAUAAGAUGUGUGCAAGUUUGGGUAA